AUGGACGACUACGUCCAAGUACUUCUGGAAGGCAGCGAAGAUGAUGAGGAGGACGGCAUGAUCGACUACUUUUUGUACUCUGCUGAGGCCAGGAAGAAGAUGGCUAGGCAGCAGAUACAAGCUGCAGAAAGCUCUUCCUGCUAUGCUCAGGAGGAAGAGCGAGGUGUACCAAAACAUCUUGAGAAUCGUCCCUCGGACCUCCUCUCGGACCUCCGCUCGGGUCAGCCAGCCCUCUUCCACCCUGGCCACCGCCUCCAAAGGAACAUCUCCUUCGCACAUACUAUCGCCACCAACACCGCCGCCACGGAUACGAUCCAACAACUCAAUCAUCGCGUCUUCUCCCCUUUAUCACCACCACCAGAACCAGAGCUGCCUCGCCACCGGAACUUCACGCCCCAAGCCAAAUCCGACCUGCGCUUCAAGUCAGUGUAUGAUCCAGAGCUGGCGGCCUGCAUGGAACGCUGGAUUCGAACCGUCGUGACAGGACAAAGACGGGCCCAUUCAAGCCUUGCCAAGCCAGCCCUCAACACCUCCGGAUCAUCCUAUUCUGUGUCAGACAUUCGCACUUCAAGCACCACGCUCUCUCGCGACAGAUUGAGGAGCAACGGACCUCGUGGCGCCCUUGCCUCACUAGAGCCAUUUUCAACGCCUGCUACCACUACGAUCCCGCCUUCUACAUCACCAUCAACAACACUGGCGACAAGCUUCACAGCGACAACGACGACGACGACGACGACAGCGGAGUCUGCCUCCACACUCAGCCUAGAACGCUUUUUACAGUCCCUGGAUCGGAUACCUAUACAGGACCACGAAUUGCCAAAGUUCUUUCGAUCUUCGUUUUCAGACGCGAGCAGAAGAAAGCCAAUACUCUCGAGAUCUUAUAGGAGAGCCAUUGAUAACGUCUGGAGCGUCUACUUGGCACUUUCGACUACAAAGGAUGGCACAACUCGGCGGUUGACACGGCGGGAUUACAUCAAGCUGAUGCAAAUCGUCCGUCAUUCGGAUGGCCCACAGUUGGCGGCCAGCAGGAUACUAGCCUUGCAGCGAGACAUGGAUCGGAACGGGAUCGAGAAGCACCGAAAGGUGAUGGAGAUGCUCGCUCAGGCUCACCUUGUCUUGGGGUCUGUCCCAGAAGCGUUGCGGCUCUACCGGGAGGCCACGGAGAUGGUUGGCGAAGGUACAUUGCAGCACAAAAAGGUGGUCAGGACGAUGGUUGAUGGAUUUGCCGCAAAUAACCUGGAGAUUGAGGGGAUCGCAUUUCUGGAUGGUCUACCAGCUGUUGCAAUUUCGGACGAGGAACGAGACUUUUACUACACACUCUACCAACGACUCUGCCGCACCACAGAGAGCCUUCUCAGGAGUUUUGGGACUUCAGCAACUGGUCAGUGUUUGCCUCGGAGUGUCACCUCCAUCGAGCAGUUUAUAAGGUAUCCUUGGUCGCCUCGGCUGAGUUCGCUCGCAGGAACGCUGUGUGUCUUCAGGACGGAUGACCAGCGACGGGGGCUUAUUCGUGGGUUUUCGCAGAUGGUAGCUGGGCUGCUGGUCAAGAUGGGCGACACCAGGAUGAUGACGCUGUUGCUUCAAGGGCUGCUACAGGAGUGCCAGCUGCUAGAGGCAAGUCGGGUCCUGGAGUUGAUGCUUCGUCAAGGUCUGAAGCCUGAGCUGGACAACAUUCGACGCCAUUUGGUCUGUUCAGAGUUUGAGAAUGGCGCCGAUCGGGUGAAUCUCGAGUUGGUGUUGGAGGAGUGGGAGGCCAUUUCUACCUUGCGGAUCAAACACAUGUCGGGUGCCUCGUCCUCGUCUGACCUUGGAUCGGAGUUUCUUCACAUGCAGGAUGUCCGUACAAUUAUUGAAGGUUACUCGAACAUCCUUACAGAUUGUAUCCGCGAGGACGACCUUUUAGGAGCACUGAGAACGAGCAGGUUUAUGGUGGCGCGUGGCUGGAAUGAAGCAAUGAACAGGAUUGAUUUCCGUCGACUAAAUAGUCGAAUGGUCAACCAUGGUCGGUCCGAGUCUUAUCCGGAUUAUCUCCAGGUCCGAUAUACCCUAGGUGGUCCAUCUGCACCUGAUCUCCACACGUACCGUCGAUUGAUAUACGCCGCCUGCCGCCGCUCGGACCUUUUUUCUGCUCUCACACUGUUCAAACAAGUCCGAACCAAGCAUCCGUCAUGGACACUGGACACGACUCUGUACAAUGCCAUCAUUUCGACCGCAGGAACGACAGGGCAUAUCCGGGUGGCCGAGAAGACGUUUGCUUGUCUUCUGGAGGAUGGAUUGACGCCGGAUCAUUAUUCGUUUCACGGGCUGUUAAACGGGUAUGGACACUCGGGAGAUCUGGAAGCGGCUGUGCUGAUUCCACAGCAGAUGGUCAAGCACAAGCUGAGCCCGACCACCAAGACGUUUAACCUGAUCAUGAAGGCCUACCUGGGCUCUCGUGGCGACCUGACGACCAGUCGAAAGCUGUUUCAGGUGAUGCAACGCUCUGGCAAGGCCGUGCCCCCGGACUUGGUAACGUUUAACCAACUGUUGGAGGGAUAUCGCCGCAGUGGAAACCUGAUGUGGUUUGAUGCGUAUUUCGACCGCUACUUUGGGCCUCAAGAUUCGUCGACUGUAGCCUCCAACUCGACAUGGUCCUCCAGGGGUGGUGUUGCAACCGCCGAUUCAAGACAAGUUGAUUCAAAGCCUCGCGCAGGAUCCAUUAGUGUUCCGGAUCGCCCAUUUCAGCAGCUUGGCCAGAAGACGGAUUCAUGUCACGCCGCAUCGGAGAUCGUCAAGCCUGAAAAGACGGACGACAAGACUCUGUUGAUCCAGCUGAAGCAUUCUUUGCUUUUGACUAGUAUCGACACAGCGAUUGUUUGGGAGCUCUGGCAUACUCUAUAUCCUCGACUUGCGCCGGUUUUGGCUUUGGGAUCGAGCCUUGCCUCAGGAAUCAUCUCUGAAUCGAGUCCGAGCGUGGGGACAAUGAUGGACGGCACCAUUUCAGAGACAAACACGACGACGAUGACGGCGACAACACCCUCUGUGCCCAAGACGCACUGA